AUGUUUAAAAUAUUGGUUAUUGCGGCAUUAGCUGUAAGCAGUAAUGCUUUGACGACAAUUUCGCUACCGGAAAAAGUAGAAUUUGGGUGACUUUUUCCAACAAACCAGACUGUGAAAUUUUCAUUAUUUGUACCAAAUUCAAAAAUAGGACAGAGUGACUGGGAAUGGUAUGGGAUAGGAAUUCAGACUUUGGGAAGCGAUCUAGGCAUGAAUGAUGCAGACCUUGUAACUGUUAGUUUUGAUUCUGGGUUGAUUGAAUCAAGGACUUCUGCAGGAGACACAUAUCCUCCUGUUGAUAAAGAAUCAGGGUUUAUUUUGACUGGGUCUGUAAUUUUAGAAGGGGUGACUGAGUUUACUUGGACUAGAAAUUUAAAUACUAAACUCAAAGGGGACAUUGAACUUGUUAUUGGUGGAAAAUAUGAUUUUAUUUAUGCGAGUGGACCUUUAAGCAUGAAUGGGAAAACUGCUAUGCAUAAAACUUCAGGAAAAACAGUUUUAGAGCUAAAAUAUGAUAAUUCUUUGUCAAGGCUAAGUACUAAAAGCGGAACCGUCAAUUUGCUAACAAAUUUUAUAUUAUUGGCUGCUUUGCAAUUAUUAUUUUACUUCUAA